AUGAAUUUGUUAUAUAAAAUUCUAAAUAGCCCUGAAAUAACUAAUAUUGUAAAAAUCAUUUCGUUGACGAUAUGUUUUUACAUAUUUCGUUUUUAUUACAAACAUUUUACUCGUGUGAAUCCUCUUCCUGGUCCAUUACCAAUUCCUUUGAUAGGAACUUUUGAAAUCUUUAGAGCUCAUAUAAAUAUUGAUGCAUGGUUUUAUAAAUUAACUGAAAAAUAUGGACAAAAUGGAAUAUUUGAAUUAAAUCUUAUUGGCAAUAGACAAAUAAUAAUCACUCGUGCAGAAUACGUUGAUAAAUUUAUAACACCAUCAUCAGAAGAAAACCACAAGAAACAUUUUAAGAGAACUCCUAAUAAUGGACUUUUAGAUGUGUUUGAUCUUGAUUGUAAAGCUGUUGCAUUAAAUCAUGACUAUAAUUCUUGGAAAUUUUGUCGUCAACUUUUUUCACGCGCCGUUAAGACAGCAUGUUAUUCUGACGAAACCAUUGAAACACUAAGUAAUUUAUUUGAAGAAAUGAUGGAUUAUUGGAUGAAUUUGAGAAAACCUGACGAGAAUCUAGCAAAUGUUGAUUUAUCAGCUUGGAUGCAAAGAUUUUCAAAUGAUUUUAUUUACGCAAUUACAACUGGUAAUCGUACAUUUGCGAUUAAACAUUAUUAUCACAACUUAAAAACAAACGAAGUUACAAAAGAAAUAGUGGAAUCCGAACGUGUUAUUGAAUGCAUUAAGAACUUCCAUAAGAGAAUUAGAAAAAGAAGAAAAGAAGUUGAAAAACUUGUUAAUAGUAGUAACUUUGACCCAUCACAAUUAAAUAAUGAUUUGUUAACAUCAAUGAUUGUUGCCAAUACACCAUAUGAAACUACAUCGCCAAAAAAUGUUGACCCUUCAAUGUUAAGGCCAAUGACUGAUGAUGAAAUACGCGGUAUGAUGUUUGAAGUGUUUUUGGGCACAGAUUCU